GUCGUGAAAGAAAUGUGUGACUUUUCUAAAUUAUGGUCGUCGGACGUUGUAAAAAUAUUUCCAAUAUUAUGUGGAAGCACAUCGCAAAUCCUUCAAUCGCCCAAAGAAGAAGUUUUCCAAAAUGUUUGCCGGCAAAUGUCGGAACUUGGUAGUGUUGGUAUUGAAACAUUGACUGACAUUGUGAAGUUGGAAAUGCGAUCAACAAUUCGAAAUGUUAUUGUGCCAAAGUUUUGGGUACAUUUCCAAGUGCCUCGAAAGGAAACUGUUUCGGACCCAAAUGCGCUGUUUGCAAAGUUCAUUGAAGCCGUCAACGAGCUGCACGAAAGCUACCAAUAUCUGCUGCAAAUGCAAACGCGACUAAUACAACUAAAUAGAAAUGGUCCAUCCAAAACUCUGGAAAAACAGGUAGUUGAUGAGAAUGGUACCAAAACGUGGUUGCGGGAUGCAAUGUUAGCGCAACUGCCACCUAACUUUGAUGUUGUUAUUGGUGCGUUCUACUCUGUUCAUUUUCGACUUUUUACAAAAGAUAUAUAUUUCUCAUCAAACACAAUUGAUUCGGAAGUGCUGAGUGACCUCCCCUGUACUGGCUGUAAUUUUGAAGUGCAAAAAUGUUGCUGUCAGAAGCUCAUUGAAAUGGUAAACAAAACAAAUCAGAAGCUUUUAGAAUUGGGCCUCAUUGACCGCUUGGCAGGAAGCUCAAUGACGGCGUUAAUUAAACAGAAAAUAAAGGAGCACAUUAACGAUACCUGCCUUGGAAUUUUCGAUCGAAGCCACUUAAAAGAACUAGAAACGUGGCUUCAAGAUGUUAUUAUGUCUUGGUUGAGAAAUAUAUUUACAGGGGGUAAACAAUGUGAUAUUAACGAGUGUGAAACCAUUCAAGGAUUCAAAGUGAAAUUGACGUACUUUAUGUACGAAACAUUUGCACAAAGCGUAAUCAGUCGAUUUUUUAGUAUCAUUAUAGAUUAUCCUGAUUCUACACCAGCCAUUAACGAUUUGAAGAUUUGCAUGGAAAAAAUAGACAUGAGGGUAUACAUAACAAAAACUCUCAGAAAUGCAUUAGAAGCUAGACUUCUUCAUCCAGGCGUUAAUACUAUGGAUAUAUUAACUGGUUACGUUGCGGCAAUUAAAGCUAUUCGCCAUCUUGAUAACACUGGAGUUAUUUUGGAAAUGGUAACGGCCCCAAUAAAAGAUUAUCUUCGGAAACGUAAUGACACAGUGAGACGUGUUGUUACUGGCCUAACUGAAGAGGGACCAACAGAUUUGUCUGAAGAACUAGCGAAAGGUGAAUCAGUUAAAGAUGGAAAGGACAAUACUACUGAUGAAUUGAGCAAUUGGGAAAAUUGGGAGCCUGAUCCAUUUGGAAUUGAUCCAAAUAUACUUCGAAAUACUAGCUCAAAAAUAAUGCGAUCAGCUGAUAUAAUAUCCAUGGUAGUAGAUAUAUAUGGAAGCAAAGAGUUGUUUAUGGUUGAGUAUAGAAAUUUAAUGGCUGAUAGAUUGCUGGCGCAGCUUGAUUUUAAUUCGGAAAAGGAAAUACGGAACUUGGAAUUAUUAAAAAUACGAUUUGGUGAAUCACUCUUACAUAGUUGUGAAGUAAUGCUAAAAGAUGUCACUGAUUCUAAACGUAUUAAUUCGCAUAUUCAUGGUGAUGGAAACUGCAAUGAAAAUCAACUAUUUGAUAUCUCAUCUUUAAUUGUAUCCGCACAAUUCUGGCCAUCAUUUAAUAAGGAGAGUUUACAGCUGCCUGAGGAAAUUGAAAAUGAGUUUAAAAAAUAUACAAAAGCGUACGAAGCGUACAAAGGAAAUCGAACUCUUAACUGGCGCACAGUAACUGGUCGUGUUAAUAUUCUCAUUGAAAUCGGCGAUCGUACAAUGGAGAUGACUGUGGCACCAACCCAGGCCGUUAUAAUAUAUCAUUUUCAGAACAAAAGUGAAUGGGGUCUGGAAGAACUGAGCUCCCUGAUAAAGGUCCCCCCAUCCGCACUUAGGCGACGUAUGAGUUUUUGGCAAAAUCAUGGACUGAUUUCGGAGACACAUCCUGGUGUCUUUACAUUAAUAGAAAAGGAAUCUGAGAAAUCACAAUUUGAAGAGAUGAAUAUAACAGACGCCGACGAAGAAGACCUGGAAUCUGCAAUGGCAUCAGCUAGUGAUCAAAGAGAGGAAGAGUUACAAGUUUUCUGGUCCUACAUUGUAGGUAUGCUAACCAACUUGGAUUCAAUGCCAAUUGAUCGAAUCCAUCAAAUGCUGAAACUAUUUGCAUCUCAUAGUGGAGGUGUCGAAUUCACACAAGAUGAGUUGAAACAUUUCUUACAGCGCAAAGUACGCGAGCAUAAGCUUUUGUUUUCAGGGGGUGUUUAUCAGUUGGCUAAAUAAUUUUUGUUAGGUAUGUAGCUUUAAUUUGAUAAUAAAUUAUAAAUAUUUGGGUUUCAAUUGUA